UGCCCAUGUCCCUUCCUUACCUGCGGCUGACCGCGCCCAGCUGGCCGCUGGAGACGGAAACAGUUUCACCUGCGGCCAUGGAAGAGCGCCCGACAUGGGAACCGGAGGCCUGGGGCUCCCCUGGAGGGUGGCUGGCACCCCGGGAGGCCAGAGCAGGCCCAUCGCUCUCCUCUGUGCUGAAUGAGCUCCCCAGUGCUGCAACCCUUCGGUACCGGGGCCCUGGGGUUCUUCCGUGGGGGGCAUCGGAGGAGGAGGAAGAAGAUGGAGAGAGGAGACUCCAGACCAUGGCAGAAGCCGCCCAGCAGGAGCUGGAGGAGCCCGUCCCCUCCCGGGAGCUGCCAUGGCCCAUGCAGGCCCGCCGGACACACAGGAAGAGCCAUACCAGGGACCAAGUGGCUCAGGGAUCGGGUUCCAGAGCCUCAAAUUGCGCCCUGAAGUUCCGGAGGAUGAAGGAGAAGACGAAGGAAGGCCUGCACACCUUGCAACCCUGGGCGUGGACACUGAAGAGAAUUGGGGGCCAGUUUGGUGCCGGCACCGAGUCCUACUUCUCCUUGCUGCGUUUCCUGCUGCUUCUCAACGUGCUGGCGUCUGUAAUUAAGGCCUGUAUGACACUGCUGCCCACCUGGCUGGAAGGGACCCUCCCGGGUCCCCCUGGCUCUGACACCUCCUCGCCCUGUGGCUUCUACAACCCCAGCCCCCAAGGCCUAGUCACCUUCCCCACCCAUCUCCUCAACUUGCUGUCAGGAGAGGGUUUUCUAGAAUGGUCUCCCCUCUUCUAUGGGUUCUACCCACCCCGCGCACACCUGGCAGUCACCUAUCUGUGCUCUGUCUUUGUCAUUGGCCUCCUGUAUCUGCUGCUCAUCCUCCAUCGCUCCGUGUCAGGACUGAAACAGACGCUGUUGGCUGAGUCGGGGGCCCUGACCAGCUACAGCCAUCGGGUGUUCACCGCCUGGGACUUCGGCCUCUGUGGGGAUGUCCACGUGCGGCUGCGCCAGCGCAACAUCCUGUAUGAGCUGCAGGUGGAGCUGGAGGAAGCUGUGGUGCGGCGCCAGGCUGCAGCGCGGACCCUGGGCCAGCAAGCCAGGGUGUGGUCGGUGCGGAUCCUGCUCAAUCUGCUGGUGAUUGCACUCCUGGGAGCGGCCUUCUACGGAAUCUACUGGGCUACAGGGGCCACCGUGGAGCUUCAGGAGACGCCCUCUGUCCAGCAGAUGCCACUGCUAAAGCUCCUGGUGGAUUACCUUCCAUCCAUCUUCAUCUCUGGGGUUAACUUCUUGCUGCCACCUGUGUUCAAGCUCAUCGCCCUGCUGGAGGGCUACACCAGGAGCCACCAGAUUGCUUUUAUCCUGCUCAGGACCGUGUUUCUCCGCCUGGCAUCCCUGCUAGUCCUGCUCUUCUCCCUCUGGAAUCAGAUCACUUGUGGGGGCAAGGCUGAGGCUGAAGAGUGUAAGACCUGUGGCUACAAUUACAAGGAACUACCGUGCUGGGAGACCCGGCUGGGGCAGGAGAUGUACAAACUCCUGCUCUUUGAUCUGCUGACUGGCGUGGCUGUCAUGCUGCUCAUCCAGUUUCCUCGGAAGCUGCUCUGUGGCCUCUGUCCCGGGGUCCUGGGUCGCGUGGUAGGAACCCAGGAGUUCCAGGUACCCGACGAGGUGCUCGGGCUCAUCUACGCACAGACGGUGGUCUGGGUAGGGAGUUUUUUCUGCCCUCUACUACCUCUGCUCAACACGGCCAAGUUCCUGUUACUUUUCUAUUUCAAGAAGUUCACCCUUUUCUCCACCUGCUCCCCGGCCUCCCGCACCUUUCGGGCUUCCACAGCGAACUUCUUUUUCCCCUUGGUCCUUCUCCUGGCUCUGGCCAUCUCCGCUGUUCCCGUGCUUUACAGCAUCUUCCUGAUCCCACCUUCUAAGCUGUGUGGUCCAUUCCAAGGGCAGUCGUCUAUCUGGGCCCAGAUCCCUGAGUCUAUUUCCAACCUCCCUCAGACCGUCCAGAACUUUCUCUUUUUCCUGGGGACCCAGGCUUUUGCUGUGCCUCUUCUCUUAAUCUCCAGCAUCCUGAUGGCAUAUACCCUGGCCUUGGCUAACUCCUAUGGACGUCUGGUCUCUGAGCUCAAACGCCAGAUAGAGACGGAGGCGCAGAAUAAGGUCUUCCUGGCACAGCGCGCUGUGGCACUGAGCUCGGCCACCGGGGCUCUUCGACCUCCCUAGCCCUGCUCGGGACCAUGGCCCACUUCAUCCUGCCCCCGGACCCUAUGGAAGCCCGCACCUCAUCUGUAAAAGAGAACUUGAGAAGACCCUAAGUCCCCGGCUGCGGAGAUUUCCGGGGCCCUGACACCCCCUCACUCUCGCGUUAACCUUUCUCGUACCAAUAAACGCCGCUGAGACUGCA